AUGAAGAUUGCUGUCUUCCUCUGUACCAUUCUUUUCUCUAUGAGCCAAGUUCCACCAGCCAGGGGCAAAUUCAAGGAGAUCUGUGAGCGUCCAAAUGGCGUCUGCCAAGAAUUCUGCCUCGAAACAGAAAUCCAUGCUGGGAGAUGUCUAAACGGCAAGAUGUGCUGCCUGCCCUUGGGGAAGCAACCACAGAUUGACCCAACGAUACCCCCUUUGUACUGA